UAUUCUCUUCCACCGGAAGAGCAACUCAAUCACUGUAACCACAUAAAAUCCACCGAGUCCUAUUCCACAUUAGAUUUCAACACUCAACGCCGGGUCAGACCAAAAGCAAAGUACUUCAGCCAGACAUCAACUCCGUACAGUCAAGUGGAAGGCUGCCAGCCACAAGUCACAUGAGCUGGAUAAAGAAAAACGAAGAGACUUUUUGGAUCCCGUAUUGGCCUUAGCAUGGGCUGGCUACCAACAUAAAGUGACAUCUGAUGACUGAUGAAGUGAUCUGUGUGUGAGACUGCUUGGUGUCUGCCUCACUUUAGUGUCCUAUAUGUUCUGGGAACAUAACAUCUGCAGCUCAUCUGGUGACUGGCUGGGUGGAAUACCUCUGUGUUCUGUGUUCUGAGGACUUCCUAGGAUCCUGCUCUGGCCUCACCGCAGUUCCACCAUGGAUCCCACAAAAGUACAGCCAGAGGGUGGCCUCAACGUCACCCUGACCAUCCGCCUCCUAAUGCACGGGAAGGAAGUUGGAAGUAUAAUUGGAAAGAAAGGUGAAACAGUAAAAAAGAUGCGUGAUGAGAGCGGAGCAAGAAUCAAUAUUUCUGAGGGCAACUGUCCAGAAAGAAUUGUCACCAUCACUGGACCGACAGACACCAUCUUCAAGGCUUUUGGGAUGAUUGCCUACAAAUUUGAAGAGGACAUAAUGAAUUCCAUGAGCAAUAGCCCAGCAACCAGCAAGCCUCCAGUAACAUUAAGGCUUGUUGUUCCAGCCAGCCAGUGUGGCUCCCUCAUCGGAAAAGGAGGCUCCAAGAUAAAAGAGAUGAGAGAGUCCACAGGAGCCCAAGUUCAGGUGGCAGGAGACAUGCUGCCCAACUCCACAGAACGUGCAGUGACAAUCUCUGGGACACCAGAAGCCAUCAUCCAGUGUGUCAAACAAAUCUGUGUGGUCAUGCUGGAGUCCCCACCAAAAGGUGCCACGAUUCCUUAUCGCCCAAAGCCGGCCUCCACGCCUGUCAUUUUUUCUGGUGGCCAGGCCUUCACGAUUCAGGGACAGUACGCCAUACCACAUCCAGAUCAGUUGACCAAGCUCCACCAGUUGGCUAUGCAGCAAACCCCCUUUACCCCUCUUGGACAGACCACCCCUGCUUUCCCUGGUUUGGAUGCCAGUCCACCAGCCAGCACCCAUGAACUCACCAUUCCUAAUGAUCUGAUAGGCUGCAUUAUUGGACGACAGGGAACGAAAAUAAAUGAGAUUCGUCAGAUGUCUGGGGCACAGAUCAAAAUUGCUAAUGCCAUGGAGGGCUCAUCAGAGCGCCAGAUCACAAUCACAGGGACCCCUGCUAACAUCAGCCUGGCUCAGUAUCUCAUCAAUGCCAGGCUGACGUCGGAAGUCACCGGAAUGGGAACGCUCUGAUUUUCUUCCCAUCUUCCCUCAGUGCAUCACACAACCUUCAAGUAGUUUGACUUCCAUAUGGUUUAUUUAUUUCUCUGUAUUUAACUUCCCUGAUAUGUAAGUGACUUUUUGCUUUUAUAAUAGAAUUCUUAUUGUAAAUGUAC